UGUCGCAAUCAUAAAGAAUCCAUAUAUUAAAUCUUCGUCAACAUCGCUCAUUAAAUAGAACAAAGAAACAACACAAAUUAAACCUCAUCAUAAUACCUUUGAGUUAAUUUCUCCAUUAAUGGCGGCGGCAGAGAUUCGAAUUUUCCUUCAAACUCUCUUCUUAGUUUCUUCAUCUCUCUCUUUCUGUUUCUCAAUUAGAAACUCAAUCCCAAAUGGCUUCCCCAAAUUCCUCUUUCUUCUCCCCUUCUUCUUCCUCUUCCUCUACCUUCCUCUCCAAUUCCAAACCCUCCAUUUACAAGGCCUCUUCGGCUUCUUCAUCGGUUGGCUCGCCAGUUUCAAGCUCCUCCUCUUUGCCUUCGGUAAAGGCCCUCUCUCUUCCCCUGCCGCCUCCUCCUCCCUCCGCCGCUUCCUCGCCAUCGGCUCCCUCCCAAUCGAGAUCCCCCAGGACACCAACCCCUCCGAUCCUAAUCCAAUUCUUCCCCACACCUACUUUAUAAAAUUAGGGCUUCUAAUUCUCACAUUUGUCGCCGUCUAUUUCAGAACUUACUUACAUCCAAACCUAUAUCUGAUCGCCUUCUGUUUCUUAAUUUACUUCCUCCUCGAAAUUCUCAUCGGUGGCGCCGCCGCCUUCGUGAAGGCGACGCUCGGAGUCGAAUUAUUGCCGUAUUUCGACGAGCCCUAUCUCUCCGCUUCGUUACAGGAUUUUUGGGGUAAGCGAUGGAAUUUAAUGGCUUCUAGAAUCCUCCGCCUCGCCGUUUACGAUCCGUGCCGGAAACUCACUAUCGGCAUCGUCGGGAAGAAACCGUCGGCGAUAGUGGCGAUGACGGCAACAUUUGCAGUCUCCGGUUUGAUGCACGAACUGAUUUAUUUCUAUAUGGGAAGAGUGGCGCCAACUUGGGAGGUGACUUGCUUCUUUUUAUUACAUGGAGUAAGUCUUUCGGCGGAGAUGGCGAUGAAGUCAGCGGUCGGGGGUAGGUUCCGGGUGCCGAGAAUUGUAUCGACGGGGUUUACAUGGUGGUUUGUGAUGACGACGAGUUCUUGGCUUUUCUUCCCGCAGUUUUUUAGGUUAAAACCGGAGGUAAGAAUGUUUGAAGAACACGCAGCCUUGUGGGCGUUUGUGAAGAAUGUGACGGUACAGCUCAUCACACCGUUUAAAUUUCUCUUACAAUUUCAUAUGAAAUGAAUAAAUUGACACUAACAAAGAUUUUUGGAAUGCAUCGCCACAUUUAUUCCAUCUAAAGAUCCAUCCAGUUAAUGAGGUGUUAUGUCAUUAGUUGAUAUAUGUGAUUUUUCUCUUAUCUUACAUGGAUUGGUGUUACUAAACCUCAUGUAUUAUGAUAUCUUCUCUUAAUU